AUGUUGAGCAGAGGGUCUCCCGCCCUGGAGGGGAGUAGCAGUGGCAGGCAGACGAGCAAGGCGAAGACCGUGGCACAGCCCCCCGACAGCAUCAGUGUCCAGGAUGUCUCCUACACCAUCAGAGAACGUGUUGGACCAUGGUGGAACAUUUCUUUAUAUCAUAAAAAAUGGACCCGGCAAAUUCUUAAGGAUGUUUCAUUUCACAUAGAGAGUGGUCAGAUUAUGGGGAUUUUAGGAAAUUCUGGAUCUGGGAAAACAACACUUCUGGAUGCAAUAUCAGGAAGACUGGGACAUAAAGACAACUUCUUUGGUGACGUGUACGUGAAUGGGCGUCAGCUGAAGAGGGAUCAGUUUAGAGAUUGCUUCUCUUAUGUGCCACAGAGUGACACUUUGUUAAGCUUCCUUACCAUACAAGAGUCUCUGACCUACACUGCUUUAUUAACUCUUCAGAAACGCCCCAAUGACUUCAUUAAAAAGAAGGUAGAUGCUGUUAUGGCUGAGCUGAGUCUCAGCCACAUUGCUGACAAAAUAAUUGGAAGCCGUAUUUUUGUAGGAAUUUCUGGGGGUGAGAGGCGUCGUGUUUCAAUUGCAGCCCAGCUAUUACAAGAUCCUAAGGUUAUGCUACUUGAUGAACCAACAACAGGGCUGGACUGCCUGACUGCAAACCAGAUUGUCUCACUUCUCGCAGAGCUUGCCCACAAAGACAGGAUUGUGAUUAUUACAAUUCAUCAGCCUCGCUCAGAACUCUUCAGGUUAUUUGACAAAAUAGCCAUCAUGAGCUUUGGAGAAAUGGUUUUCUGUGGAAACCCUAUGGAAAUGAUCACGUUUUUUAGUGACUGUGGCUAUUCUUGUCCUGAGCAAUCAAAUCCUUUUGAUUUCUAUGUGGAUCUGACAUCUGUGGACACCCGAAGCAAGGAACGUGAACUUGAAACCUACAGUAGGGUUCAGGUUAUUGUAUCAGCCUACAAAAAAUCGGAGAUCUUUAGCAAAGUACUGGCAGCCAUUGAAAAGACAAAGUGUACGAAAGAGCUGCCACCAAUACCAUUCAAAAACAGAGACUCACCCAGUACCUUUUACCAAUUAUGGAUUCUUUUACGGAGGACAACAAGGAACUUCUCCAGAGAUAAGAUGGGAAUCAUCAUGCGUCUCCUCCAGAAUCUGUUAUUUGGCUUGUUUAUAGCAUUUUUCCUUCUUAGACUAAGGAAUGACCUGGAAAAAGGAGCUGUGCAGGACCGUGUGGGGUUUGUCUACCAGUGUGUGAGUGCCCCCCCCUACACAGGAAUGCUCAAUGCUGUUGCCCUUUUCUCACCUUUACGUGCUGUCAGUGACCAAGAAAGUAAAGACGGCUUAUAUAAGAAGUGGCAAAUGCUUUUAGCUUACAUAGUACACAUCCUGCCCUUCAGCGUCAUCAGCAUGGCAAUUUUCAGCACCUUUAUAUACUGGUAA